CCAAGGAUUUCAUCGUUUCACAGUCCCGCCUGCUCCCGGCCAGAAUUCCGUCUCCUGUGACGAAGCGAAGAUGACUGUGAAGCCGAGCCCGAGGCCGAGCCCCGGUGCAUGCAGAUGAUUUUUUUGUCAAGCUAGGACUUUUUUUUACAGUCAACAUUGUACUGGGAGGGAGGCCGAGCCCUUGCCAUGGUCGCCUCGGGUGCUCGAGAAUAUACGCAGCUAUACGAGGCACAUGUGGAAUUGAUAUGAGCCCCGAUAUAAAAAAGCAGUUAUACUGCGAGAUCUUCAAUAUAAUGCAGAAGUGCACCGACCACAGAUGCGAAGGGCAUGGCUGGGUUGCCAGGCUACUGGCCGAGAAUAUUCAGACGAAGCAAACAAGCAAGGCAGACAGCAAGGGAGCGAGGGAGCGAGGGAGCGAGCAAGCAAGCAAGGACUCUAGGAGAACGAGCUCCCGUUCUACGGUGUAGAGCAGGCGUUUAGGCACACGACGAAUAGGCUGGGCUCGGGUUACAGCAACUUACGCCAGCUCGCGGAGCUGGCGUGCCAUCACAGGUUCAGGUUGAGGCUCACGGACGACGAAUAUGAUGAUUCAAUUCGUGCAACAAAUGUUCCUCAGGAUGGGGAUCCGUUCACGCCGGGUAGGGAGAGAGUAGGGCCUCAUCGCCUGCGUCUGCUGCUGAUUAGGCGUUGCCGAUGUAGCUUCAGCUGGAGAAGCGAAUCAAGGAUGCAAAGAUAUGGCGGCCGCUCGCUGUCUUGACAACACCGUCGUCAGGACUUGCGGAAUCUGAGUCUUCGAUCUACCGCGGUAGAAGUACAAGUGGUUGCAGUCACUCUCGGUGUCGUGGUCGUAGAAGAUUGUCGUAGCGGCCCCAGUAGAACAUGAAGAAGGGCCUGACCUCUGUCGAAGAUUCGUUUCGUGUGCUGCUGCAUCGGGGACUUCAUUCACUUGCGGUCAAACGUAGUGCCCCUGGAACGUGAGCGCUAGCGUCGUAUAGGGUCCCAACUGUGACGACGACCGGGAGGUACAUUGAUUCGCGCUGCCCAGUAAUUCGAGUAAUUCGAGUAUCAGUCACUGAGAUACUGCUAUGCAUAAAAUUAUGAUACGGGAAGAGGAUAAUGGAGUCACUCCAGGUGAGGAUCGAGGAGUGUGAGAGAGGCGCUAGCUUCUGCGCAUGCUUACAGCGCUGCUGCUGCAGCUUGAAGAAAAUUUCUCUUGCCUUGGGUAGCUAGCUGAGCUGAAGCCGGCCGGUGUGGGGAAAGUCAUCGUUAUCGAUGCGAGGUACGUGGAAUUCGGCGGAUAUGAGAGUGAGUGAGGGAUCAUGAGUGAGGCUCGGCGGACGAGGGGAGGGACGAGAGAGUCAAAUGCCGAGCGCAGUUCAGCGAGUGAGACAUUUCGAGAUCACGCACGCAGUCGUCGCCAAGGCGAUGAAGCCAAGCUGAAAAGAAGUGAUCUGAUCUAGACCACUGGGGCUUCAAUUGGAGGAAACGGCCCUCAGCUUCUUUAGCGGAUGACUUAUGUUGGUGCAAGGCGGUGGUCAUCAUGUCAUCGGUUGUCUUCGUUGCCCAAGACGCGCUAGAGUACAGGUCCCGAAUUAUGUCCGAGUUCUCGUCAGGAGCAUUCAAACCAUUUGGAAGUGGUGCUCAGUUCGUUUUGCCCCAGCAGAAAUUCGGCGUCCGAGCACCAGCAGCCGAAGACGAGAGCUAUCAGGAUGUUAAAUGGAGGGUCCAGGACAACAUGCCCAUGGACGGGGAUAGUUCCGACCACUCCGGUUUCCGCUCAUGGCCAGAUUCAGCGCUGUCGCUGUCAUCGUCGUCGUCUGCGCAUGCCUCAGCACCAUGCGCCACAUUUGAUCAUUUCAACGUGAACGAGCACGAAAAUGUUGUGGUGAAUGAGAUGUUCUCGUCACGCGAGGCUCCUGCUUAUGAACCGUCGAUGCCUCACAGCCUGAACUUGCAGUACCUCGGCAGCAGCAGCCCAGCGCAGUUAGACGAGCUCUAUGGCGGUUAUCAUGGUGGAAGAUGGCAAGCAGCUCCAGAUCCAAACGGCCCUUGCAACAGCAGUGAUGUGCUGGUUGUUGUACCCGGGAACACGCAAGACACAACAAAACCUCUUACCUAUCACUUGGCCUCCUCCAACACUUCAUGCGACAGUUCUGCGGAUUCGUUUAGCUUUCAAAAAUUUAGCCCACAUUCGACAAGGCUCUCAGCAGCCUCAGGGACACUCCCAGGCAGCAUGUCCGGGGCACCACUUGCGAUGGCAGACUCUCUGGGCCAGAACAAUAAAGCAACAGCACCGUUUAGGAAUUCCUUCAGGCCUCCGACAGCUGAUCUCAGAAGAUUCCAAGCUAGGGGACGAGGGCGAGGAGAUUUUAGAGCUGCAGCAUCGACCUCGAGAAUUGAACAGCAAAUGUCUCUAGGAAUGAGCUCGCAGUCCUUGGCCGCCAAUUAUCAUCAAGCUCUACGAGUGGCAAAGACACCGACGGACUUCACUCUCGGCAAGCGACAGCUGAACGGUUCCCGAGUUCCCGACAUGUUGUCUGGACAUUUAGAGCAUGUCCAGAGAGAACGCCAACGACGGGACGACAUGAGUGCUAAAAUUGCCACACUGGAAACUCUUCUCCCGCCUGCUUCCAAACGGGACAGGGUCUCCAUUGUGCACGACGGCAUACACUACGUGAGGGCCUUGCAGGAGAAGGUGAAAGCGCUGCAAGGUCAGCUGCAAGAGGCGAAGCGCAGAGCAGAAGCUGGGGCGCAAGAUAAGAAAUGGUCAUGCUUAGGUAGCAGUAGUAACGUGGAUUUUGCUAGCAGUAGUAGAAACCUUUCUAGUUCUCGGGCCGUGCUUAACGCCUCGAGGACUUCGGGUAGAUUUCGCCUGGGGCCCAUGACGAGGACGACAUCGACCACUUCUUUCAACAUAGGUGGCACUCAGAGCGGCCGGGCUGAAUUCGAAGGAAGCGGUGGCUUCUCAGAUUCACCAUUGCUGGGUCUAACGCCUAAAAGCGAACCUCUUCCAAGCCGCGGUCCAAUUUCUGUGGAGCUUCACGUGCAAGUAGACAGACCGGGUGAACAGGUGCAAGUUGUCAAGUGUGAAUGCAGAUAUAGCUACUUGAGCAGUGUCAUGAGAACUCUCGACCAGCUGCAGCUGAGUCUCCACCGGUGCAGUGUUACGAAGCUGCAUGACUACGUGAUCUGCGUCAUAGUAAUUAAGCCAACUUCAAAUUGCUCUACUGCUCACGCUGUUUCGUCGGCCCAAAUAGCAACUCUGUUGAAGAUAGCUGCUGUGGACUCCUGAGAAAGCAUUCCUGUGAACAGUUUUAUUGGAAUGGCUACAUCGGCUUUUGGAACAAUCCAUGGCUAGUUAGCCAUCCACUGGAAGAAAACGUAUUUAGUACUAAGUGACAUUGUCCCUCUCAGUACGUUGAGCAUUGUUCAUCUGCACAUUUCACGUUCCAGAUAAAAAGGCAUGCGCAGGAAGCGGUAUCGAAUCUGCUGAACCUGGCGCAAUUGGGUUGCAAUUUAGAAAAGCUGGGGCCACUCCUCUUAUAGAGUGCGUUUAAAUCCUGGAGGUCAAAUAGAGAACAAUGAUCUCACAUGUAGAUUCGCAUUUAUUCUUUCGAUACUUUAUAAUAGUGUAUCUGUUCGAGCCAAGAAAUUAAUAGAAUGGA